GGCGGCGGGAGGGGCGGGCGCGGCGCAGGCGCGCGGCGGCGGCGGGCGGCCAUGGCGGCGCUGCGGGGCGGCGGCGGCGGCGCGGGGCAGCGCGGGGCCGAGGCGGGCGCCGCCGGGGCCGCGGGGGCGGCGGCGGCCGGGGCGGCGGAGCCGGCGCCGCCCUACGGGAACGGGCUGGGCGCGGCGGGGCGCGCGGCCGACGAGGAGGAGGCGGCGGCGGCGGCGGCGGCGCUGGGCGAGGCGGGGGCGCGCGGGCGGGGCGGGGGCGCGCGCGGCGGCGGCGGCGGCGGGGGGGCCGGGGCGGCGCUGGGGGGGGGGCCGGGGCCCGGGGCCGCCGCCGCCGCCGCCCCGCACCCGCCGCACGAGGCGCACGAGGAGCUGGAGGAGGAGGCGGGGCUGGGGGACGGCGACCCGGGGGACUCCGCCAUCGAGGACCCGGAGCUGGAGGCCAUCAAGGCCCGGGUGCGGGAGAUGGAGGAGGAGGCCGAGAAGCUCAAAGAGCUGCAGAACGAGGUGGAGAAGCAGAUGAACAUGAGCCCCCCGCCGGGCAACGCCGGCCCGGUCAUCAUGUCCCUGGAGGAGAAGAUGGAGGCGGACGCCCGGUCCAUCUACGUGGGCAACGUGGACUACGGGGCCACGGCGGAGGAGCUGGAGGCCCAUUUCCACGGCUGCGGCUCCGUCAACCGCGUCACCAUCCUCUGCGACAAGUACAGCGGGCACCCCAAGGGGUUCGCCUACAUCGAGUUCUCCGACAAGGAGUCCGUGCGGACGUCGAUGGCGCUCGACGAGUCGCUCUUCCGGGGCCGGCAAAUUAAGGUGAUCCCCAAGCGGACAAACCGGCCCGGCAUCAGCACGACGGACCGGGGCUUCCCCCGCGCCCGCUACCGGGGCCGCGGCGGCGGCUACAGCGCGGCCCGGGCCCGCUUCUACAGCGGCUACAGCCGCCCCCGCGGGCGGGCCUACAGGGGCCGGGCCAGAGCCACCUCAUGGUACUCCCCUUACUAGGCCGCGGGGCCCCCGCGCCCCCCAAGCAGCCGGAGGACGCCGCCGCCGCCGUGGGGCCCCCGGCAGCCGUGGGGCGGGGGCGGGGGGGCCGGGCGCCCCCGCCCCGCCCCCCGUCUCCUCCCCCCCCCCCGCCCUUGAGUGUCUUUAUCGUUGCAGGUGGGCGGAGCCGCCGGACGGGCCGGGCCGGACGUCGCCGGGGCCGGGGGCACUUGGGGGGCGGCCGGGGGGCGGCGCGGGGGGGCAGCCGGGGGGGAGCGCUGUAUGGGGCGGGCGGCAAUAAAGUGUCCCCGGGGGG